CGACGCCAGGGAGGAGCAGGAGCAGACUGACGGACAGAGAUGGGUAAGAAAAGUCGCCUCACAGGAGGAGCGGUCGGUCGAAGAACGAUACUACAGCUUUCACCUCCCGGGCUCCGUGGUGGGAAUGCCGGAGAGAGGGAAGAAGCUGCUUCGGGAUCCGAGGAUGAACAGGACGGCGAAGGAUUCAGAUUCGUGAGAGAAAGACAUACAAACAUGAAGGCUCCCGCAGUAAAAGCCACAGAGGGGUUGUCCUUGCUUGGAGCCUAUGCGGACAGUGAUGAUGAGGAUGCUGGAGACACGCUGCAUUCAGCUGCCAAACAGCCAGCUGACAUCGACAGUACACUUGCCAAUUUCAUGGCUGAAAUUGAUGCAAUCACCACUCAACCAAGUUCAGAUGAUGCUGCAUCUCAUCCUUCGGUCCCAACUGCCACCCCACCCAGACCUGAGGUUAAUACUCAGCAGCCAGCUGCCAGUGAUGGACAGAAUCAACAAAGCACAGAGUUUGAGUACAACACUGAGUACUCACUUGCUGGAGUGGGUGUAGAGAUGGGAGACUGGCAGGAGGUGUGGGAUGAGAACUCUGGCUGCUACUACUACUGGAACACUCUGACCAACGAGGUGUCCUGGGAGCUUCCACAUUAUCUAGCAGAUCAGGUGCAAAGCCUGGGGCAGUCUGCCAACAGUGUUAAUGGCAACGGCACAGCGCAUGCAGCUUAUCAGACCAAGGAUUCUACAAAUGCUACAUCUUCUGCAGCCCCGCCAUCAGUGAAAGAGACCAAAGUGAAGGAGGUCAUUGAGAGUGUCGUGGGCCUCACAAGUGAAGAGGAGGAGCGCCGUGGAGUGGCAGCAUCUCUUCUCGGACCUCUGAUCCCGUCUGAAGUGAAAGAAGCAGAAGAAAAAUGGAGAAAAAGACUGCUUAAAGGCUUAGAUGAGACUGAGAACAGUUUAGAUUCAGAUGGAGAAGGGGUUCGCCCAGUGGGAUCUCCUUCUACUCCUCUGCGGGACCCUGAACCAGUCCCCACUGUACAGAAAGAUCUUGGCGCCAAGAAGCAGUCGAGAGACAACUCAGAUGCUGAGGAGGAGACUGAGGAAGACACAAUGGAGCUGGAACUGGCUCUGGAGAGGAAAAAGGCUGAGCUCCGUGCACUGGAGGAGGGCGAUGUCAGUGCAGGCGGCUCUAGUCCUUGUUCUGAGACGAGUCAAGAAGCCUCUGGUACUCGUGGCCUUCCAGUAAAGAAGAACAGAUGGAAGACUGCCUUCCCCUCUGCACCCAGCCCUGACUCAAAUAGCAGAAGCUCAGACCAACAGGACAACACAGAGACCACACUUCCGAAAGUCCUGGAGAGCGUUGCGGAAGGAGAAGACAAGGAAACGGACAGUUCUGAGGAGAAGACGGUACCAAAGCCCCCAGUUAAAGAAGAGGUGGAAACAUCUGAGCUCAAAGUAGAAACGCCUGAGCUCAAGUUUCAGAUUGGAGAACUGGCAAACACCUUAACCAGCAAGAUGGAGUUCCUGGGAAUAAACAAAAAGGCGAUCUCGAACUUUCAGUUUCUUCUGCUACAAACUGAGACUCGGAUUGCUGACUGGAGAGAGGGCGCUCUGAAUGGGGUCUAUCUUCGUCGCAGACUUCAGGAAGCUGCCGAACACAUAAAAUAUUACGAACUUAACGCCACCCCUAAAGGCUGGUCUUGCCACUGGGACAGAGAGCACAGGCAGUAUUUCUAUGUGAACGACCGGACCAAUGUCUCCCAGUGGGAUUUUCCAAAAGAGGACAACAAGGAGGACGACCCGAAAGGCAGCCAGGGUACCCAGACACCGACUUCUAAUCAAGGGGACACCAAAACAUCCUCUGCACCUGCGGGUGGGGUCACAGGAUCCUCAGCAUUCACCACUGCUCCCCCGACAGCACCUCCUCAGCCCAGUGCAUCAUCCCUCUGGUUUUCAUCUCAACCCCCUCUUCCAGACAGCCCACCUCCACCAUCCAACAACCCCCCACCUCCGCCUCUCCCCCCAGGCUCACCGCCUCCACCUCCUCCCCCUCCUGACAGUGAUGGAGAGAUCAUGGAGGUGGAGAUGGAGAUGGAUGAUGACAAUGACAGUGAGCCUCCAGCGCCUGGAACAGAGGAAGAUGGCAGCGGGAGGCCUCCUUUACCUCCAGGCACUAGCAUGAAGAUUGUGGAGUCGUUGGGCGCCCUGGGGAAGGGUCAGAAGCGUAAAGCCAGCCAGCUGAGUAAAACGAUUACUAUCGGCAGCAGUCCCAUUCUCUACACCCAGCCUGCUGUCAGUGCAGCUCCUCUAAUGUCUGCAACUGCCUACUGGGGUGUGCCGGCUGUCCCCGCUCCUUUGGUCCCUUUUGAACCUCCUGUUCCACCUGUGCCUGCCCUUCCUCCUCAACCACCUCUGCCACCAUCCCAGCCGCCUUUUGAACCUCCUGGAGCCAAAGCUCUGCCCACAGACAAGACCAAGAAAAUCAAAAAGGAUAAGUCGAAGAAGAGUAAGAUCAAAAUGCCUUCCCUGGUGAAGAAGUGGCAGAGCAUCCAGAAGGAGCUGGAUGAAGAAGAGAAGAGCAGCUCCAGCGACGAGGACAGAGAUCUGCUUAACAAGAAGAGUAUUGAGGACUGGAAACAACAGCAGCUUGUGACCGGAAAAGCUUCAAAGAAUGCCAAUUUUGAGGCCCUUCCUGAUAACUGGCGGGACCGACUGAAGAAACGGAAGGUGACGAAUAGCACGUAACAUCCGACCUGGGACGUACACCGCCCAGUCAUUUUUUUUUUUUUUUUUUUUUUAAAUCCACUCCAACUAUUACCAUACAGUCAUUCUAAUCCACCUUAAGUUUUGUUAAACGAUCUAUGGACUUUCUUUAUCAUUUUCUGUGUUCAUAAUGGAGACAUUUAGAGGCCCUUACAUGGCAGGCCAUUCACCAGAGGGGUUUGAAUGUCCUUUUCUUGUUUUUGUAGCCACUGUUGUAAAUGUGCCAAAAGUCUCUCAGAAUAAGUUCACCACAUUUUGUAUAGACUCCACAUAGAUGACCACCACAGUUUGGAAGGAUUGUCUAUUUUAUUGAACAUUUUUACAGCUGUGUACAUAAAAUGUAUAAUGGGAUAAGCCAUGUUUUUGGAAGGGGAAGGGAAUGUUACUGAUCUUGUACAUUUUGUAAAAAGUUAUUAAACUGUUUUUCCAAAGCCA